CCUUUGGCCUAACACACAUUUCUGUUCCAACAAUAUAGAAGAAUUCGCCAGAUUGUCAUCGGAAAUAUUAGCUCAGUUUUCAUCAAAAGAUUUGGUUGUUAGUGGAAGAGAUAUCGGUGUUGAUUGAUCAACUGUUUCGGUUCUUGCUCAAUUUCAUUUAGAAAUGGAGAACAAGGUCAUAUACGAGAAAGAUCUCAAUCUUGAGGCCACAGAGCUUAGAUUAGGGUUGCCGGGCACCAAGAAGCCUGAGAAACAGGCGCCUCCUAGUUUGAAGACGAGCAACAAAAGAGCCUUGCCUGACAUGAACGAGGAGUCGGGAUCUGGGAACAACUCUAGUGUCUCGGAUGAUGGAAAAUCCCACCGUGAAACUGCUCCGGCCCCCAAGGCACAAGUAGUAGGGUGGCCACCGGUUCGAUCAUACCGGAAAAGCUGUUUCCAGCCGAAGAAAACGGAGGCUGAGGAGGGGAGAACCUAUUUGAAAGUGAGCAUGGAUGGAGCUCCUUAUCUCAGAAAGAUUGACCUAAAGGUGUACAAAGGCUAUCCAGAGCUCCUUAAGGCAUUGGAAGAGAUGUUCAAGUUCAGUGUUGGCCAGUACUCAGAGAGGGAAGGCUACAAUGGUUCAGAAUACGCACCUACCUAUGAAGACAAAGAUGGGGAUUGGAUGCUGGUGGGAGAUGUUCCCUGGAAUAUGUUCAUCUCUUCCUGCAAGAGGCUAAGAAUCAUGAAAGGAUCAGAAGCUAGAGGCUUGGGCUGCUUUCUAUAGAAAACACCUGCACAAUCCAAGCUGCUCAAAAAUGGGGAUUGGGGACAUCCAAAAGAAGAUCCAUUGAUUGGUCUAUGAAAAAGGAAAACUCCUUGUAGAUUGGGCUCUCCAUGGAGAAAUCUGAGUCUGAAUUCCAACACAAAAACAAAACGAAAUCAAGAUGAUGAAUCAGAGAAACAAACUUUUAUGUAUAGUUUAUGCAUAUUUUCUUGAAAUGGAAGUGUACAAAUUUACCCAAAAAAAAAAAAAAGAAAGAUUCUGUCUCUUCA